CUGGCAAUUGUCCUUGUUGCAGUGAUGACAGUCACCACCUACCAGAGCGCAUACUGCAGUUUGGCUCAUUGGGCUACAGCAUCCUAUGUCGAUGCCAAGGUUGGCGGAAUGGUCAGCGACAAGGAGGGUAUGAAGCCAUGCUUUGGGUAUCUUUGGGUUGUACCGGAUCCCUUGAGCUCAGCGUCCUCCGUGCACAAGACGCGUCAGACAAGGCCACGUUUGCAGCGGUCAAAGAGCGACUCUACAGUUGGCCAAAGGAAGCAUCAAGCUGUACUGUGCAACUCGUGGAAUCCUUUCGUCGCUCGGGAGCUGCCACGGGGCAAAUUCUGUAGCUUUCCACAGAAGAUCACGAAGUUUCCCUUCAUCGGCAUCGAUCCCUUAGGCUUCACCUCUUAUGGCCAGGAGAAAGCUCGUGCACGCGCUUUCCCAGCCGGCUCCGAUGCUGUCUAUGGUUCGCCCUCGCGUCAGGUUUGAUGCAGGACAUGUCAAAGACUUUCAGUUUGCAAGCUGAAAUGGGCCGCGGCAAGAUUCUCACGCGCUCAGCGAGCAGAUUAUGGUAGAUAGGAAAAUGCUUAAAAUGCAGAGGUGCCAACCCACUGCAAGUCACUAC